AUGAGUGGUAAGCUCAACUUAUGGGUGCUUGGUGUCGGUGAUGUACAGUGGGAUCGUCCCCUUCGAAGCAAAGGUGUUUGUGUGGAAGUGCGGCUCGGUGACACUGUCAAGAAAACACGCAUAGUCAAGAGCAGAACGUACGACUUGCAUGAGAUAUUGACAUUUCAGCGCACCGAAUCCACGGAUUUUUCAAUUGCAGUGAUACACGAGUCAAAGAUUGGACUUCCGGACGUAGUACUUGGCUUCUUAAACAUUCGUGUUGAUGAGCUCUCUAGCAGAUGUGCAAGGGGCCCAAUUUCUCUGUCCAUGAAAUCGCAGAAUUUGAAGAAUCAGAAAAGGUUAAAUCUAACCGUCCAUCUGCUUCCUGAUCAGAUUACACCAUUGCAUAUUAAAAGUAGCUUCAGUCAUGCAGCUCAAUCAGGACACCAAGUAGGAAAUGAAGGCCUGAAUGUGGCUGAUGAUAUUGGGCCUCUUCUAAGUGGGGAAAGUGGUUUAUUCAAGUCUAUAGCAGCGCUCUUCUUGAAGGUCGAUAUAGUGGUCAAGAUAGUUGAUGAAUUAUCUAAGCAAGGUCCAUUUCCGUUUCUAAAUCUUGCAUGGCAAAUCACGUCAAGUCUGUACAAGAUCGUUGCACACCAGCUCGAGACUGAUCAAGAAUUCGUCAAUCUUGUCCGUGUAAUGGAGGAGGCGUAUGACUUUGUCACCGAUGCUGAGACAUUGCCCGACAAAUCAGAGAGCUUCAAGUCAACAAUUAACGAGCUUCUACAGCAGACAAUAGAGUGCUGCUAUUUCAUUCAGCACUAUGCAAAUCGUAAUUUUCUUGAAUGGAUACCUCAGAUGAGCCGUGAUAAAGUCAGAAAAUUCACCAAUCGCUUCGUUGAGCUUAAGAAGAAUCUAGACUCCAACACCGCUCUACACACCGCAUUUGUUUCUGCACGGAUAUUAGAGAAGGUCAACGAAAUGUAUUUGAGGGACAAACUCAUGCCGUCCAAGAUGAAUUCAUUUGAUCACCAUGUCUGCUUGGAGGAUACACGCUUUGAACUACUGAACCACAUUGCGGAUUGGCUUCUAUCGGAUACCAAGCAAAAUAUCCUAUGGCUUCACGGUGUUGCGGGCUCAGGGAAAAGCACUAUGGCUACAACCGUUGCGGAGUUCUGUGGCAAUAUCUCACGACUUGGUGCCCACUUGUUUUUCAGUAGAGUCAAUGGUGCCGAAGAUCAACUCACGUCCAUUUUCCGAACAAUUGCUUUCAAGCUAGCUUGUUUCGACUCAUCAAUAGCGCGGCACAGAGGAUGCUGUUCGGAGGAGGAGCUUCUUAUGGUGCCACUCAAAGCUGCGAGAGAUAAGGUGCAUGGCCCGAUCGUCAUAAUUCUUGAUGCACUAGAUGAGUGUGGUACGCCUGGUGCUCGAAGGAGCUUGAUGGAGCUUCUCAAGGACGAGUUGGGAAAGCUACCCCCGAAAUUCCAGUUUCUCAUAACAAGCCGACCGGAGGACGAUAUGAUCACAGCCCUGUCGAACAGGCCAAACGCAGUGUAUGAGAUUAGUUUGGACUCUGAAUCGGCUAAUAGCAGGCGCGACGUUCUCCGAUACAUUGAUUACGAAAUGUCGAGAAUUGUCAACAAGACACAGAUUGUUAUUCCGAAUGAUUGGCUAUGGUCCAAACAGAUAGAAAAACUUGCAGAUGCCUCCGAGGGGUUAUUCAUAUGGGCAUCGACAGCCAUUAACCUCGGCCUUGACCAGCUGUACGAAUCGGUCUUGAGAAAUUCUGGAGUCAUUGCAAUGGAUGACCGCUCUUCCAUAAUUCGCUUCCAAGAAGUUUUGGGUCUUGCUUUACUCAGCAAAGUUCCCCUCUCAGACGCCAUGAUUGAUGCGAUUCUCGGUUUAUUGCCCACCGAACCGUCGUGCGAAAUUCUCUCGAAGCUCGGCAGUGUACUUGUAUUCAGACGAGGCGAACCUGUUCAUGUACUCCACACGUCAUUUGCCGACUAUCUCUUAUCAACGCACUACUCUCGACCGUGCAGCAACCAUACGAACCCUUCUGAAUGUCCAUCUGAUCCAUGGUCUAUUGACAAGGCCUCUCAGCAAUCAGCCAUCGCCAUGCGAUGCUUUGUCGUCAUGAAGGACAUGCUUCAUUUUAGUAUGUGCGAUCUCGAAUCGUCUUUUGUAUAUAACAAAAGUGUCACCGAUAUUGAGGACCGUAUCAACGAGAAGUUACCGCUGCAUCUGCAAUAUGUGUGCACGUACUGGGUACAGCACCUUGUCGAUGCAUCGCACUCACGCGAGCUGUUGGAUGAGUUGACGGCAUUCGCGCGCAAGCGGUUACUUUAUUGGUUUGAGGUGAUAGGCCUACUAGGCCUGGUGCGUGGUAUUGCGAGUCGAGCGCUUUUGGAUGCCGCUGCGUGGUCUGAGAAAUGUGAUCCAGACAUUUCUUCGUUCUUAAAGGAUGCUACCAGACUCGCCUCUGAAUUCGCCAUCCCCAUGACUGAAAGCACGCCGCAUAUCUAUGUCUCUAUGCUCCCACUCAUGAAGGGUGAAUCGGAAGUCGCUUCCCACUACUCGAAACAGACAUCUCGGAUGGUGGUAGUCGAUCGAGUAGGGACGAAACGGCCGCCGCUGUGGUUGAAAGUAUUAGAGGGGCAUUCGGAUAAUGUUUGGUCUGUCGCAUUCUCCCCUGAUGGGAAAUGUGUCGCGUCGGGCUCCAAUGACGGGACGGUCAGAAUAUGGGAUGUUGAGAGUGGUGAGAUGGUAUACGUGCUUUUCGAAGAGAUCCGAGCGUUCAUCACUUCCGUCGUAUUCUCGCCAGACGGGCAUCGCCUCGCCUCCGGAUCAUACGCAAAGACAGUCACAAUCUGGGACUGUGAGUCGAGGGAAGUGGUCUCAGCACCAUUUGAAGGACAUACUGGCAGUGUGUGGAACGUUGCAUUCUCACCAGACGGAACGCACGUUGCUUCAGCCUCGGAGGAUGCAACAAUAAGAGUAUGGGACAUCAUGAGUGCUUCCACUGUACGUGUUCUUGAAGGUCAUACAGCUGCUGUACGUUGUGUCGCCGUCUCCUCUGACGGGAAGCAAAUGGUUUCGGGCUCUGAGGACAAGACAAUUCGAGUCUGGGACGCGAUAAACGGACAGGCCAUUGGCAAUCCUUUCGUAGGACACGCCGACGAAACCUUGUCUGUGGCAAUCUCAUCCGAUGAUAGACACAUUGUCUCUGGCUCGAGUGACCGCACAGUGAGAAUCUGGGAUGCGAGGAGUGGGAAAGUCAUCGCCAGCCUAUUUUGGCACUCAAACACUGUUUUUUCUGUCGCAUUUUCAUCUGACGGAAGGCGUGUUUUGUCGGGAUCCGGUGAUUGCACAAUUGUUGUAUGGGAUGUGGAGAGCGGUGACAUAGUUUCUGGCCCAUUCACUGGUCAUGCAGAUCAUGUUCACUGA